AACUUUAACAAAUAAAGUAAGAUUGUUUCAAUUGUUGGUAAACUAAGAAAACUUAAGCGAAGUUAAAUAUAUUUAAUUCGGAAGAGAAAUAAUUAUAAAAUUAUUUAUAUACACUGACUAAAAAUAAAAGCGAUGGACUGUGAGGAUAUGCAAGUGAUUGAAGAGCCAAACCUUUCUGAACGCAAAGAGACGGGCAAAAGGGGCCGGAAACCUGGCCGCAAGGCUUCUACAGAAAAAGUUGAUAUAAGAGCCAAACUAGAACGUAGUCGUCAAAGUGCUCGCGAAUGUCGUGCGCGGAAAAAAUUGCGAUAUCAGUAUUUGGAGGAAUUGGUAGCAGAUCGAGAAAAAGCUGUAUUAGCAUUGCGUGAGGAACUGGAGCGAUACAAAAAAUGGAGCUCCGAACUCAGUGAUGGUAACAUACCAGAUGGCUUUCAGCAGUUACUUGAAGAAGCGGGUGUGUUAAAACAAGAACAGGUUAUGUGAAGCUAAAUACCUCGCUAAUUUUUAAGUAUUUGGAUUGGUUAUUUUUUUAUUCCUAUUCAAGUUUUAAUUUAUAAGUUAGAUAUGUAUCUAUAUAUGUAUAAAAAUAUAUAAUAAAUAGUAUUUAUAUAAAAUA